AUCUUUGAAAGAGUUGCUCGUGCGCAAAGACGAGGUUAGAGAUGAGUGUAUGCUGGGGUGGAUGGGGACGCUCAGAGCGAAUCGGCUGGUCGAAAAAUGACGAUGGGCACGUGGGAUUGGAAUCCCACUGAUGCUGUAUGCAGACCCGCGACUGCACUUUCACGCUUCUAGCCCUUGGCUUGCUCGUGCAGAUGAUACCUGACUUGCUAUGCUGCGUUCUUCAGGAGGCCAGGGCUGUUCGACUUGCAGGAAGGCGCUGUGGACGUUAUCGUGUGAAUGCAAGGCCUCAAGUAUCAGCCUGCCUCGCGACGAUGAAGGCGGGAAGCUGCUCUUCAAGCCGCAAAUUUGGUAGCUGCUAUGAGACUCGGUGAUGCCUUUCAGAGGUCCGCGCAAAGAGAAGUGCGAAGAUUGGGAUGGAUGG